AUGGCUGCAGAAGACAUGUGGCGCCCGCCCGCCAACCGCUUGAUGCAAACACUGGAUCGGUCAUUCUUCCAACGCACCAUCAACUUGCGGGCCGCGCGAGUCUUCGACAACAAAAACAUCUUCAAGAUUCGAAAAGCCUUGGAAAGCAGCAAGGAUGUUCUGGUGAGGGAACGCAUGGGAAGCGUGCACCCCGAUCCGGAUCCUAUUCAAGCACAGACGGGAAGAAAAUGCAUCCUUUUACGACCCGAAUCGGACGAGAAUUCCGGAGACAACGUUAUUCCGCACUCUGCCACCGUGGCCCAGCUAGCCGACCAGGGCUUGAUCGCAGUCGUGCCAUUCCAACUGAAGCUAGACUACUCGUACUGGACCUACCACGACAUCAUCUCUGCGGUGCUUCCCGAAGACGAACAAGGGGAGAUUCCGUCGGGCUUCACGCAGGUCGGACAUGUUGCUCAUCUGAAUCUGCGGGACCAGUAUCUCAAGUACAAAUACAUGAUCGCCGAGGUGCUAGUGGACAAGAAUUCCGGCGUACGCACCGUCAUCAACAAAAUCGACGAUGUAGGCGAAGAGAGCGAAUAUCGAACCUUUCAGUAUGAGGUCCUAGCUGGACCGGAGGACAUGAAUGUCACCGUUUCAGAGGAGGAUUGCAUAUUCAAGUUUGAUUACAGUAAAGUGUACUGGAACAGCAGGCUCAACACCGAGCAUCGACGCCUAGUUGCGACCUUCAACGAAGGCGAAGCUGUGUGCGAUGUCAUGGCUGGCAUUGGACCAUUCGCCGUGCCUGCUGGAAAGAAAAGGGUCUUCACAUGGGCGAACGACCUCAAUCCGGACAGCUAUGAGAGUCUACGGGAUGCCAUAUCCCGCAACAAAGUACACGAGUACGUCCAGCCGUUCAAUGAGGACGGUAGGACAUUCAUCCGCAGCGCCGUCGAAAAGAUAUCCGAGACUGAGCACAGCGUGCAAAUCAAGACACGUCCUUCGAGGAAAAACGCGGACGCAAAGCCCGAAGUCGUCAAAACUCUCCGUCAACCACUAACCUUUCAGCACUUUGUAAUGAAUCUUCCAGCCACGGCCAUUACGUUCCUGCCGAGUUUCAUCGGAUUAUACCCCGAGCCACUGCGUCGACGGCUCGGGCCAGCUCUCAAGAUGCCAUCGAUUCACGUCUACUGCUUCAGUACCAAGAGUGACGACAAUGUCAAAGAAAGCAUCGAGAUCGCAGCAGAAGUCUCACGACAGCUCGGUACGGAAAUGAAACCCGGCAAGCUGGAAGAUGGACAUGUAGAAAUCCAUGAUGUCCGAGAUGUCGCCCCUAAGAAGCGCAUGUUUUGUGCCAGCUUCCGUCUACCAGAGGAAGUCGCCUUCCGGGAGCCAAGUGUACUCACCUGAACAACAAAAUACCUUACCUAGCCUCUUAUCACCCACUACCUGCAGAUCUUGUCGUUCGAGAUGUGCAAAAAGCAUAACUCGAAUCCAAGCCCUAGCGCCCCAAGAGCAAAAAGAACCCCCCUCCCCCAGCUGGACAAUCCAUCUGCAGCUAUAGAGUGUAGAGUGUCCAGACCCCAAACACGCGCACCCACGACUGUACGAGGACCAGCCCAAAGCUACGAUCGCGGUUUCUUUCUCUCUAGCUCACACAGCCUCACUCACCCACCUGUCCCAUGGAAGAAAUGUAGCACUCCUAAUCUACCUUAUCAUCAACCUUGCCCACCAAAAGAUAAUAAUUCCCUCAAAUUGAUGAAUCAGGGGUGAAAACAAAAGCCAAGGAAAGGGCCCGUACGAAUAGAUUUAAGACUACCCACCUAGAAGAAUACUCGGAUAUGGUACGAUAAUGAUGAUAGAUGAUGAUAAUG